AUGAGAUAUAAUUCAACCAAAGAAACAUCACCAGGUAGUCAAAUUUAUAAUCCAUUUAUUGUCUCUUCUGUAUCCACAUCUGCAUCCACUGAUGAAUCCCCACAUCAUGAACCACUUAAAAGAGCCAGGUCUAUAGUAUCACCAAAAUCAUUAUCUGCAUUAUUCACUAAAACUCGAAGUAAGAGAUCGACUACUACAAUUAGAAAACGCAGAAGUUUGCCACUGUCAAGUCAUUUUCUUUCAGCAUCUCCAUCCACCACUUCUAUGCUGAAUUUUAAAUUACCUGAUCAAGAGGAAUUUUCAUUUUCAAGUGAUUAUGCACCAAGUUCUGAUGUUUCUUCUGAGUUGGAAAGUUUACCGGACUUGACAGACGAUGAAUAUACUCCAGAUAGCACCCCAAUUAAGCCAGUUCCAAAUUGUUAUUUCACAACCAUUUUAGAACCAGCUCCUGUGUUUGAGUUGCAAAAAUUACAACAAUUGGACAUUUAUGAACAACAACCAAAACAACCUUUAGUUGUUUCAUCUUCUCCUUCUAUUUUUGAAAUUCCUGAAAUUGUUCACAAGAUUCUUUCAUAUGUUGAUGGACAAAAUACUGUGUUACCUUUAGAGUCAACUCCUGUUAGACGUAAGCCAUUAUCUUACAAGCAUGCUUUAUUGAUUCAUGGUAAUAGGCAAAUGGCCGAAAGUGCAUUAAACGAUUCACGACAACAACAACAACAGCAACUGGAACAGGAGCAACCAUCGUAUUCAUCCUCACCAUUAUUCAAUUGUUUAUUAGUAAAUAAAUUAUUUUACAGAAUUGCAAGUGAGAUUCUUUCUCAAAAAUUCUAUGCUCAUGAAGAGAAUCAAUUGCAUAAAUAUAUUAAUAAUCAAGGGCCUACCACUGUUCAAUUACAACCAAAAGCUUUUAUUUUACAUAAAUUAUUCCUGAUGAAACAAGGUGUUUUUGAUCAAUUGAUCAAACUUAUGGAUUUCCAAAGUCUAACAUGGUUUGAAUUGUACAUGUGUCCCAAAAUUCUUCCUCCAGUUUCUAUAUUUAAACAAUGUGGAACCAAAUUGAAAAAGUUGAUCAUUACUGGUUCAAAGAUUGUUGAUGAUGAAUUUGUAAAACAAGUUAGCAAAUAUUGUCCUAAUUUGGAAGUCAUUGAUUUCCGUGCCUGUGAAUUAAUUUCUGAUUUUGGAUUAUAUCAAUUAAGUAACAAUUGUACAAACUUGAGAAUGAUUAACCUAGGAAGAAAGAAUCGUGGUCAUUACAUUACUGAUACAUCAAUUAGUAAAAUAAUAGAAAAUAAUAGAAAUUUAAAUACUGUGGGAUUAGCUGGUUGUUAUAUUACAGAUAAAACAUUAUGGGAAUUGGCUUAUAAACUUCCAUAUUUGUCCCGAUUAUCACUUAAUAAUUGUCCUCAUAUCACCAAUAAUUCCAUCUCACAUUUAUUUUCCAAUCCUAGAUUAUUCACAAGAUUGUCUGUAUUAGAAUUACGAUUUAAUUUACAACUUACUGAUUUAAAAUCAUUAAUUGAAUUUAAAAGAAGACAAUCUUAUCAUUAUAAUAUAGUGUUGUUAUUGGAAUUAUGUGAAACUUUGAUGUUUAAAUUACGACAACAAGAAUUGGAAAUGGAUAAAUUAAUCUCCCAGAAAAUUUUCCAAGAUAUUUCCGAUUGGGCUAAUGAUUAUAAUGAUGGUGAUUUACUGUAUCAAGAAAUUAUACAAUUAACCAGAAAGGAUUAA